AUGUCGAAAUACCUCAAGGAGUUCCACGACAAUAUCAUCAAGACGCAGAGCUACAAGAAAUUCUUCAAUCAGCAAACCCCUGGAGGGCGUAUCUUCCCGUCAAAGACGGCAAGGAACGACGCAGCAUCCCAGUUGCGCUAUGAUGCUGGAGAGGUGGUGAAUGGAAAGAAGAAGAUCAACCUACAAGUCAACUCUCAAGCGAAGGGUGCUGCCCUCAAGGAGUUCAUCGGCAACAAGAAAGGAACCCAUGGCACCAUUGCUUCUGGCGAGAUCGAUGUCAACACCCCAGAGCAUAAGCAGGAGGAGACGAUUCGAAACUUGUUCAAGACUGUGGCCACCCAGUACAAGUCGAAGGUCGGCUAA